AUGUUGUCCAUCUUCUACUACCUCGGCUUGCUCGCAACUGGAUACUUCGGACUGACCAUCUUUCUCUAUAUGCUCUCAUUACGAGUGGAAGCGGCUGGGUUCUUUGCGCGCCUCCUAGCAUCGUAUGCUUCACUAGUCAUAUGCGCUUGGUAUGGAGUCUUUGCGUCUAUACUUCUCCGUUUAUUUGGAAAUGUGCGUCUGGCACAGUGGGCCACAGCUCGCAGCUUCAAAUAUGUCAUGCGCUUCACGACUGGCGUAACCUUCAAGAUCGAUGAUCCCAACGGCUACCUCAAGAACACACGACCUGCAGUGAUCAUUGGGAAUCAUCAGACGGAGCUGGACGUACUGGCGCUGGGAUGGAUCUUCCCGAAAUACUGUUCAGUGUCUGCUAAGAAAUCACUGAAGAACGUUCCCAUUCUCGGUUGGUACAUGGCACUCUCUGGAACGGUCUUUAUUGAUCGAGCCAAUUCAUCGAGCGCAAGGCAUGCAAUGGCAGGGGCCUCAGAGGAGAUCACAAGGGAAAAGCAAAGUGUCUUCAUGUUUCCAGAGGGCACCAGAAGCUAUGCGAAAGAGCCCAUGCUUCUGCCUUUCAAAAAGGGAGCGUUCCACUUGGCUGUUCAAGCUGGUGUUCCGAUUGUGCCAGUGGUCGUGGGUAACUAUUCCGACGUCCUAUAUGUGCAAGGAAGAAGGUUCAACGCGGGGGAAAUUCCGGUCAAAGUCUUGAAACCUAUCGAGACGAAGAAUUUGACGGCUGCCGAUGUCGAAGAUCUGACUCGCGACACCCGAGAAUUAAUGCUCAAAGAACUUGUGAAACUUACAUCGAAAUCGAGGGGUCGUCCGAUGGCAGUGCCGGCACGCAAUUCUGGAGAUGGGGUAAUAAAGGCGAGCGGUGCAGAAGCGACUAUAUCAUAA